AGCAUACACGCUCGCAGCAGCACGUGCAUGCACAACUCGGACCGCGAGCAACUCGACACGGGACUGCAGCCAGACAGCGCCGACCGAGGCAGCGAGCUCUACCGCCAGCGCCGCCUGAAGCGCAGUCACCACCUCAUGGACAGCCAGGACGACGGCUUCGCGGCCCUGAGCUCGCCGCGCGCCGGCGAGCAGCAGCAGCUCCUGUGCAAGUACAAGUCCGGCAAGUGCUCCAACCCGCGCGCCACCAAGCGAAACGGCCAGCUCCAUACCCUAUGCCAUUUCCACCGCGACCGCCAGAACGAGCACCAGCGCAAGAGCGACCGCAAGCACCGCAUGGUCAGCGUCGCGCGGCGCGCCAAGCUCGGCAGCAUCGGCGUCGGCGGCGACAGCGCUCGCCGGCAUAGCCUGCACUCCAUCACGUCGCUCGAGGCCGCGUUCCCGAGCGGAUCCUCCGUCUCGCCGCUCAGCCGGUUCGCCUACGACCAGAACACCUCGGACGCGUUCAGGAACUCGCAAUAUGCUUCUGGCGGUGCUGCUACUUCAGGCGUGCAACCCAACGGCCUGGCUGGAAUAGCGCCGCCAGCAUCGGCAGGAACACCGCGCUUGCCGCCCAUUAGCUUUCUCAUGCCCGGCAAGCUGGACGGGUACCGCGCCAGCUCCGCAGUGCCCAACUUGCCCCCCAGCAGCUUCAUCACCGAUAGUCUCAACGCGGGCAAGACGGCAUGA